CUCGGCGUCAUUCAAUCAUUUCCUGAUUGCAAUCAAGCGAUCUGAGCUCGGGUGGAGAACAAAACCCCGGCGGUGGGAACAGGUCGCACCCGGGUCUGCGCAGAGUCUCGUCACCGGGUUGGUUGGUGUCCAUGGCGGGGGACCGGACGGAGCGCGCCUAGCUGAUGCCUCAUCCGCAGACGCAGUCGGAUCUGAAGUCUGGCUGCUGGCCCUCGACCAGCAACUCGGGAAACCACAACGGGACCAGCACGAUGGACGCUCCUCAGUACCCAGGCUACCCAUCACACUACUGGUAUCCUCAGUCUCACGCCACAGGACACUAUGCAAACGCCUAUCCAUCGGGAUCAGAGGUUCAGCCACAGUACAACCAACAGGUGAUGCCUGGAGGUUAUCCAAACGGCCAUGGCGUCUACAGCCCAGCGACGGGUCAGUAUUCAACAAGUGGUUUCCACCCAUCCAACCCUUUCUACUGUGCUGACCCUCAGAGACCGGCUCCAAGUCCUUAUCCUAGCCAGGGCUGUCCAGCCGAGCAGGGCAGUGGGCCGUCUGGGCAGCCACACUCUCAGCACCAACAUCAUCACUAUCCUGGUCCACACUGUCAAGGGACACCUGGAUAUCCUCCUGGACCGUACCCUCACUAUACUGAAGGUGGACAUGCAAUGCCUCAAAACCCCCCAUAUCCCACCGGCCAGGCUCUCCAUCCCAGUGCUCAGGCUGAAGCAUGGGGACACUCUGGUGCGUAUGGACACUCGCAGCCACAAUGGCAGCCAGGCCAGCAGCCUCCACAAAACCCCUACGGAAGUCAUAUCCGUCCUUCACAUCCUCCAGCAUGGCCGGGGACUGGAACAGGCGCUCCGCCACCAUACCAACCCAAGGACCAACUGCACCAGCGGGCUCCACAAGUGGGACCUAAACCCAGGCCAACCCCAUCCCUGAAUCCCCCCAAUGGAAAGCCGGCAGAAAUAAGUUCACCUCCUCAAAUGUACAACAAAACAGGGAGAGGUGAACCUAAUCCUUCACAAUGUGACCCCCCACCCUCUGCCCCGGCACAAGCUCCAGGCCCAGCUGGACUUCAGCCCCUGAGUGACAACCCUGGCCUUGCUAAGGUCCACCAGAUCAUGUCCAGGGUGCUGCUGCUUCAGGAAGACGUUGAUGAGUUUGUCGGUAAAAAGACAGACAAGAGUUACCGGUAUCUGGAGGAACUGCUGACCAAAGAGCUGCUGGACCUGGACUCUGUGGAAACUCAGGGACAGGAGAAUGUCCGGCAGUACCGAAGGGAGGCUGUACAGAGGAUCCAGGUCACUCUGGACCAGCUAGAGAAGAAGGCCUUCUGAAGUGGAUUUAUUUAUUGGGUUUAAGGGUCACUAAGUUUUGCUGUUUCCUUCUUCCAGAUCUUCCAUGAACAUGGUUAAGGUCUAGUCUUGUUCUUCUGACCUGUUAUAUCAGUAGGCUUUUCCCCCCCACCACCAUGACAUGAAAUGCCUGGAGUAAACGGCAAGGACCCAAGAACAAAUACUGGUGCAAGGAAUCAAACUUUUCAAGCCUAAUUAUGCUGGUAUGAGUGACAUGCGGGUAGUAGAAGUGCACACUGAUGUUUGUACAUAUCUGCUCUGCUCAUCUUUUAACGUCAUGCCUUUGCCAGCAUAAUGCAGGACAGGGCCACUGGAGGAUGGAUCUUUUCAGUACCACAUAGAAACUGUAAGUUUUCUCUAACUUGUGAUUCAGAUUGUCAUCAUGCUGUCCCUCAGGAUGUGGAUCGGUCUUAUUCUGAUCCUGAACACCUGCACUUCCUCAGCUGUGUCCAUCAUUACGUCUCACAGACCAUCUGCAUGAUAGCUGCUCCUUCCCAUGUCUGCAGGAAUAGGUGCAAUGCUUCCCAUCAGCUCCCAGCCCUGCAUGCACUGUAAUAUCAGAUAAGCACUUGAUACAGUCCUGACAUCUCCGAGCGCAUAAUUGGACGUAGAGUGUGGCAGAUUAUUGAAAAGCCCCUGAAGAUUACUCUCCCAAUUUUAUCCAUGUUUUGGAUGAAACUGCUUCCUAAAUGCAGACCUAGAAUCAGACCUACAUAUGAACAUCAUGUAUUUCACUAUAGGAACUAUUGUUAUAGCAGAUCCAUAAGGAAAUGAUUAAGAAUUACUUGAAACGCUGUUGAAUUGUGUUAUUCCCCCUUUUGAACAGUUAAAAUAUACAUAGGACUUAGAAAUUGAUUUUUUUUUUUUUUUUUUCAAGAAGUGUUCAAUCUGUUUCUGUAAAGGAAAAAAUGUACUUUGAAAUAUUUACUUAUGCUUUGUGUACAAGGACAAUUUCAGUCACAGCAAUCUGAUCAGCUAUUUACAUUCUGUUAGCACUGAAGUCCUUGUCAUUACAAAUCUAAUUUUGCACCACAAUCCAUUGUCUUGUGUAGCACUUCUAUUUUUUUCCUCAGUCAUACCUUCCUUGUGGAUUCAGAAAAAAAAAGAGUGCCAUAUUUCAGGGAAUGGUUUUAUAUCAUUAGAAAAAAUAAAAAUAGAUGAUAAGA